AUGCCGAACAUCACAGCUUCUAAGAUGGAAUUCGAUACUAAAACCCCCCCCGUCUGCACUUCAGACAAGAAGACGUUCGCCUAUAUAUCUGCCUUGGAACGAUGGCCCAUUAUCCUAACGGGCGCUAUCGACGACCUUCACCGUUCCGUCAUCAAGUCUACUGAUGUAGAGAAACAGAAAGAUGGGAAGGAUAUACUGCGUGACUUGGCGGGGUUGAAGUAUGAACUUCAACAUGGCAGGAAGCUAACCCCUCUACCCGACGAUGGAGAGCCAGAUAUUGCAAUUUAUAAUAAGGAACUUGAAGAUCGCGGCAAUAUCUCGUGGUUUGAUGCUCCGUGGCUAUUUGCAGAAUGUUAUCUAUACAGACGAAUGAGUGUAUACUUCACCCUUUCAGAAUACUGGAAGGAAUAUGACGUCUUUGCGCAGCAAAAAAUGUCAACCUUUAGAUCCUCUCGUCCGGCAGUGCUUGAAUUGGCGACUCGAUACAAGGAUUUGUCCCAGGACCUUCAACAGAUACACUCCAAGAGAGAUGAUAUGUCACCUGAAAAGCAGCAAGAAGCUGAUAAAAUGUUAUUCAUGGAGAUGUGUGAAAUUUGUUUGUGGGGAAAUGCCACGGACCUCUCUCUCCUGACAUCCCUUACAUAUGAGGAUAUCCAGAAGCUUCAAGGCGCGGAAGCCCGAAAAAAAGCCGAAGCCAAUGUCUUGGUGAACGACCUUCCAGCUGCAUUCGAAAUACUAAACAAGGCCCGCAUGGAACGAAAGAACGAAGAGCGCCGUGUAGACAUUGUCCUAGACAACGCAGGAUUCGAACUCUUCGUAGACCUCAUCUUAGCCGGCUAUCUCCUCUCCUCCGGUCUAGCUACAUGCGUUGUCUUGCACCCCAAGUCCAUCCCAUGGUUUGUGUCUGAUGUUUUGCCACGAGAUUUUGGAGACCUCAUUGCUCUCCUUUCCGAUCCACAGACCUUCUUCACUGACUCUGAGGGGGCGGAUGAUAAGAAACCAGAACCCCUUACAGAAAAGGAAGUAGAUAAGCUGAAGUACCUAUUUGAGCAGUGGGGAAAUUUCCACGCUGAGGGGCAGCUGAUUAUAAGACCGAAUCGAUUCUGGACAACAGGCUCAAGUUAUUGGAGGUUACCACAUGAAGCUCCCAGUCUCUAUGAGGACCUAAAGGAGAGUGAGCUGGUCAUCUUCAAGGGAGAUCUGAACUAUCGAAAGUUGACGGGAGAUGCCCAUUGGGACCCAACUACUCCAUUUAACACAGCAAUUGGGCCUCUUGGGCCAGGCUCGGGAGUUAGAGUCCUCGCUCUCCGUACUUGCAAGGCCGAUGUUGUCGUUGGCUUGGACAAGGGCGAGGACGAGCGUCUGCGUAAUAUGCCGGAUGGAGGAGGUGACUCUGGUUCGCGGAAAUGGGCAUGGAGUGGGAAAUGGGCCGUGGUUUCACUUUGUGAUGGAAAGAGAAAGUAA